CAGCAUCCUGACGGCACUGAGCUGAGGGGUGUCAGAGGUGUAGGAGCACGUGUUCUGUCAUUUUUGUCUUGCAGAUUUGUUCUCCCCUCCUUAAAGAAAGAAGCUGUGGACUUAAAGGAUAACUUCCACCAUGUUCCUGCAGGAAUGAGCCCUUGGUUCUUGAAAGGUGCAGACAAGCAACAGCUGUGAUCUGAAGCUCUCUGGAUGUCAGCGUCACCUGGACUUGAUCUCUCUUUGCUGACUGAGCAGCUGCUGGUGAUUGCUACUGUUCUGUAUUGUUGGAGUGAGCUAUUUUAGUCCUCCUAUACUGCACUGUUGUCUUUGGGAGAGGCAUCGCUUGGAGGAAGGUGUGUGUGUGGGGGGGGGGGUCGCUUUUACUGUAAAUGUGUGUCCCUGCAACCAGCGCCGAACUGUCACCCUCAAAGUGUCCUGCACCUGCUGAGAGCCCCUGGAAGCCCCCUGCCGUGCCUCUGGGAUGGUGUGACCGCCAGCCAGAUUUUGGCCGUCCCACGUCUGGGUCAAGAUGCCAGUGAUGAAGGGCCUCCUGGCCCCUCAGAACACCUUUCUGGACACCAUCGCCACCCGCUUCGAUGGCACCCACAGUAAUUUCCUGUUGGGUAACGCCCAGGGUCACCGCGGCUACCCCAUCGUUUACUGCUCGGACGGCUUCUGUGAACUGACGGGCUUCACCAGAACUGAGGUGAUGCAGAAGAACUGCAGCUGCCGCUUCCUGUACGGCAUGGACACCUGCGAGCACGUGGCCCAGCAGAUGGAGAAGGCUCUGGAGGGCCGAGAGGAGUACCAGGCCGAGGUCCACUUCUACAAGAAAAAUGGUGUGGCCUUCUGGUGUCUGCUUGACAUCGUGCCCAUAAAGAACGAAAAGGGCGAAAUGGUUCUCUUCCUCUUCUCAUUCAAGGACAUCACGGACACCUAUGGAAGGGCCCACCACAACUAGCAAGAAGGAAGCAACUUUGUGACCGUUUCAGAGGACAAGAGGAGGAGGAAGAGCAGCUCUCACUUCAGGGAGGCCAGGAAGCGUGGACGCACCAUGCUGACCCAUCUGACCAGCCAGUUCUGCAGGGGAAGAAAAAGGGAUGUCAAACUUGGGGGUAGCAUGAUUGAAAAGCCUUCAAUACCGGAGUAUAAGGUGGCGGCCGUGAAGAAGUCACGCUUCAUUCUGCUCCACUACAGCGUGUCCAAGGCGCUGUGGGACUGGCUCAUUCUGCUGGCCACCUUCUAUGUGGCUGUCACCGUGCCCUACAACGUCAGCUUCACACCGUACGAUGACACCGUCACAGCCGGGCGCUCCACCAUCCCCAGCGACAUUGUAGUGGAAAUGCUCUUUAUUAUAGACAUUAUCCUGAACUUCCGCACCACCUAUGUGAGCCAGUCAGGGCAGGUGGUGGUUGAGGCGCGCUCCAUUUGGAUCCAUUACGCCACCAGCUGGUUCUUUGUGGACCUGUUGGCUGCCCUGCCCUUUGACCUGCUGUAUGCCUUUAACAUCACCGUGACCUCCCUUGUCCACCUGCUUAAAACAGUUCGCCUGCUACGCCUGCUUCGUCUGCUUCAGAAGCUCGACCGCUAUUCCCAGUACAGCGCCAUGGUGCUGACCCUACUCAUGUCUGUGUUUGCCCUGCUGGCACACUGGAUGGCCUGCAUCUGGUACAUGAUUGGACGCUGGGAGAUAACGACCAAUGAUACCAGGGAAAUAGGGUGGCUUCAUGAGCUGGGUAAACGGCUGGAUACGCCUUACAUCAACAGCACGGUGGGCGGCCCGACAGUGCGCAGCUCCUACAUCGCCGCCCUUUAUUUCACCCUCAGCAGUCUGACCAGUGUGGGCUUCGGCAAUGUCUGUGCCAACACCGAUGCUGAGAAGAUCUUCUCCAUCUGCACCAUGCUCAUUGGCGCACUGAUGCAUGCCCUGGUUUUCGGUAACGUGACGGCCAUCAUCCAGCGCAUGUACUCCCGGCGCUCUCUCUACCACACACGCAUGAACGACCUGAAGGACUUCAUCCGUGUCCACCGUUUGCCCCAGCAGAUCAAGCAGCGCAUGUUGGAGUACUUCCAGACCACGUGGUCGGUCAACAAUGGUAUAGAUGUCAACAUGCUCCUGCAUGACUUCCCUGAUGAGCUGCGGGCCGACAUCGCCAUGCAUCUGAAUAAGGACAUCCUCCAGCUGCCGGUCUUUCAGGGGGCCAGUCGUGGCUGCCUGCGCUCGCUCUCCCUCCAUAUAAAAACGUCCUUCUGCGUCCCUGGCGAGUACCUCAUCCGUCACGGUGACGCGCUGCAUGCCAACUACUUUGUCUGCUCCGGGUCCCUGGAGGUGCUGAAAGACCACAUGGUGCUGGCGUUAAUAGUAAAAGGGAACCUCUUUGGUUCUGACCUGCCUGGACCAGACCAGGUGAUCAAGACCAACGCCGAUGUGAAGGCGUUGACCUACUGCGACCUGCAGUAUAUCAACGUGCGCGGUCUGAGAGAGGUGCUGGAACUGUAUCCGGAGUACGCCAGUGUGUUCACAUCCAACAUCCACAACAACCUCACUUAUAACCUUCGUGAGGGCAGCCAGGAUGAGGGUCUCAGCAGGUUUUCACGGUCUCCCAGGCUUCACCACGAAUCCAGGCUCCCCUCUAUCGUGGAGACAAAGGGGGAUGACCCUGACGAUUCCCCUCUCUCUCCGGCUACCCGCUCCCGCCGAAACCUCCUGCUGCCGAGCUUCAGCGGCCCUGUUCGCCGCACCUCUCUGGGGAACCUCCUGGGGGACGAGUUGCGGCAGUUUAACACUCUGCGACGCUGCCGUUCCCCCAACUUGAGUCGUGCCGUGCACGGACAGAGCUCGUCCCCCCAGCUGCCGUCCAAAAAAGAGCACAACUCCUCCCCUAAAUCCUCCACAGCCUCAACUUCAGCUCAGGUAGCGACGGGGGCCGAGCAAAAGCCUUCAAAGCUGCUCAUCCCAACCGUUACCUGCUUUGGACCCCCUGAACUCAGUCCCAGGCUCGUAGACGGUAUCGAAGACAACGGACACGCAUUCCACUUCAACGUGGAGCACAGCGGGCCCAGAGCCAGCACGGGAGGCAGCACCCAAGACUCCACACAGGCUAAUGCCGUUCUGCUGCUGGAGACAGAGGAUGUCCGACACAGCAUCAGUCAACUCAACCAAAAG